UUGGCUGGCGCGCCGCGCGGCUUAUUCAAAAAUGGCCGGCUUCGCUCUUGGCUCGCUUCUCCCGCGAAGUUGGUUGCGGAGCGUGAAGAGCCGCUCGAGAGGUGUCCGCUGAAGGGCGGCUGCGCUCCUCUCCCUCCCUCGGCCCUCUCGAAGGGAUCCCUCGGGGAGUAAGGGAAUAGUCCGGACCUUCCCCGCCGCGCCGUGGCUGAAGCGCCGGUUCCCCGGGACGAAGCGACCAUGAGCUCUUCCGUCGAAGAGGAGGAAGGCAAGGACACCCAGGUGGUGGUGAGAUGCAGUCCUCUUCAUGGGAAAAUGACAAUUCAGGAAGAGCAAAUUGCAGACUAUACUGAGAAAAUCACCGCCCUGGAGGAAGAAUUGAAAAAUGUUACCGAGUUAUUUACUGUACAAAAAGCUAAAAUAGAAAAGUUCCAGGCAAUCCUACAAGCCAGGGAGAUGGAACUGGAAGAUACCGAGGAAGAUUCGGAUAUCACCAAGGUUCUUCUUGCUAAAGAAGAAUAUGUGGCCUCAACCUUAGAGAGCUCAGAAGACAAACUUCAUGGCACCGCUACCAAGCUGCUUACUACAGUUGAAGAAACUACCGGUGACGUGUCUGGUCUGCAUGCAAAAUUAGAUCGGAAGAAAGCAGUUGAGCAGCAUAAUGCGGAAGCUCAGAGGUCCUUUAUGGAGCACAUGAACGUACACUUCGACCAAAUCCAGAGCUCUGUGCGAAAGAACUAUCGGAAUCAGCAAGAGAUGCUAAACUCUUACACCUCCUCAGUUGAUGAUCUUCUCACCACCAGUUUAUCGACAUUUGGAGUCACCGCGGCAGCUAUCAAUGCAGCAUUCACUUCGGUAAAGGAAAUGGUUUCGACUGAAGUCUCCCUGGCUGCCGAAAAAAUGCUGACUCAGGACACGCUAACCUCCCAAAAUAAAAAUGACCUCCAGAAAAUGAUGGAGGAACACGCGUGUGGACUGGACAAGGCGUUGAGUAGUCUAACCCCUGUGGUACAACUUGUGCAAAGUAUAAACUCUCAGCUGCAGGAACACUUCAAGAAAAAUUCAUCCUUGGCAGAAAUGAUUACAGGCUACAAAGAAGAGCUGGCUACCUUCUUCCAUGAUCAUUCUCUUGAUUUGAGUAAGCUACACAAAAACUGUUCCCAAAUGUUUACUCAACUUCAGGAUAGUUACGAGAGCCUGCAAGAAGAAGUGGAACUGACCAAGAUGGCACAGAAAACGAAUACAGCCCAACUUAUUGCUUCACUGCAAAAUCAACUAACCGUGUUCGAUAACCAAGCUCAGCAGAAUUUCAGCCAACUCCUAGAGAAAGGUGGAAGCCUAAAGAAGAAUAUCAGUGAUGUACAAGAGAAUAUAAUUGUGCAGACUAUUGGCCUUGUCAACUCUGCCAAUUCCCAGCAGAACAAGAUGGUUCCAGCUCUGGAUGACCUUUCCCAAGAGAUCAAGCAAUCCAGCCAUGAUAAUGUUAAGAUACUCCUGGAAUCAGACAACUACUGUAAAAAUCUGAGCAGUAGUUUGAGAAAGACAUGCAAAGAAGCAACUAGUUGGGCUGAAACGGCAACUGCAGAGAUAGGCUGUGUAGUUGAUCAACAGAGAGCGUUUCUCAACAGCCAGAACGAACACCUACAAAACAUGUAUAAGGAUCUCCAUGACAAAUGUAACGCAUCAGAAGCCAAUGUGACAGACCACAUGAAGAGGCAAAAAGAGGCCGAAUAUGUUGCCCUCCGGAGGCUUCUUGACCACUUGGAGAAUGACCGAGAGGUGCUUACCGAACAGAAAGACCUACUCCUUGAAGAAGCAGAGGAUGGCUUAAUUCAGAUUAAUAGCUUACUGACUGAGGAUCUGAAAACGGAUCCCCCCACAGCAUAAAAGAAGCGUCAAAAAGGAUAAAGAGAACAAACCGGCAUUCUUUCUGAAAAAGGCCAAGGAGGAGGAUUCGGCCACUCCAU